AUGGCUCGCGACCCAGACCAAUGGCUUGAGGACAUUAAAAAUUGCAAGUACCUUCCAGAAAGUGAUAUGAAGGUACUUUGCGAAAGGGUGAAGGAUCUUCUUAUGGAAGAGUCAAACAUUCAGCCAGUGAAAUCUCCCGUCACUGUUUGCGGAGAUAUUCAUGGUCAGUUUCACGAUCUUUUAGAACUUUUUAAAAUAGCUGGAGGUUUCCCAUCGGACUCUAACAUGAGUACUAAUUAUGUGUUUCUGGGCGAUUAUGUAGACCGGGGAUACUUCUCUUUAGAAACAUUUACUUUGAUGAUGAUACUAAAGGUGAAGUAUCCUGAGCAUAUAACGCUAGUGCGCGGUAAUCAUGAAUCAAGACAGAUCACACAAGUUUACGGUUUCUAUGAAGAAUGUUUAACAAAAUACGGAUCCACGAUGGUGUGGAAAUAUUGCUGUCAAGUCUUUGAUUUUCUUACUUUAAGUGCAGUCAUUGAUGGCCGGAUAUUAUGUAUUCAUGGAGGAUUAUCGCCAGAGAUCCGCAUGCUGGACCAAAUUCGUGUUCUUUCUCGGGCCCAGGAGGUUCCUCAUGAAGGAGGAUUCUGUGAUUUAGUGUGGUCUGAUCCAGAUAAUGUCGACACGUGGGCAAUCUCACCGAGAGGAGCCGGUUGGCUAUUUGGUGCCAAGGUUGCAAGGGAAUUCAAUCACAUAAAUAAUUUGCAGUUGAUAGCGAGAGCCCAUCAACUAGUUAUGGAAGGUUUUAGGUAUCAUUUUCCAGAUAAAGACGUUGUGACAGUUUGGUCGGCACCAAAUUAUUGUUAUCGAUGUGGUAAUGUUGCCAGCGUUAUGAAAGUGGAUGAUCACUUGGAUGUUAAUUUCCAAAUAUUUUCAGCAGUUCCGGAUGAUACUCUAAUGAUGAAUCCAUCGAAGACUCAGAAGAAUAAUAAUGAAUACUUUUUAUGA